AGAAAGAAACAAAAACAACACAAAAUCUUCGAUGGACGACAUUCUUGUGCGUGGAAAACAAUACUCCAAGUGAAAAAUUAAUAAUAAGCAGUGAAAUUCGUCCCCGAACGGGACAAAAACAUCCAUCAUGGAGACUUCCGGGGACAUGCUGACGAUUAACAACUUUUUCGAGAACGACAUGCUGGAUGGAGGCAGUGGUUCAGAAUUUCCCGAUUUAGAUUUCAUCUACGCGGACGCAGACUCACAUGCGAACGAAAUUGCGGAACUGUACAGCUACACAGAGCAAGCCGAAUUCCAGCACAAUGUCAAGGCAUUCGAAGACCAAAUGGAGUAUUAUCAGUUACCCCCUAGCUGGCAGAAACUGUCGGAAACAGAGCAGCGCAGAAUCAUACUGAAGCUGCUGGACCAGCUGGAUAUGUCCAAGAAAAGCCUUCGGAUGAAAGCCGCCCGCUGUAUUCUCUAUCUUGCACAAGGAUGCUGGGCCGAGGUGCAGUGUGACCAGGAACAGCAGGUUAUUGCACGGAAGAAUGUCAUGCUGUUGUACGAUGCAGGCGUUUUCGGAGCCUUUGUCGAGCUUUUGAAUCUAGAAAUUGACAAUUCAUCAACGGCGAGCAUUGCUAUCCGCAAGGUAGCCGUUUCGUUGGCUGAUUCAGUGGAUCUAAGAGUGAUUUUGUCGGUUCUCUACAUCAUUACUGAAGUCAUGCGGGCCGAGAAGGAAAGUGACAGCGAAGAGUUCGCUCAUCUAGUAAUCAACUUUACCAAUGAGAUUACAUAUCCAAUCGGAGAUGAGCUGCUCUCGGUUAAACUGUUAGGCAUGAUAACAAAGUUUUGCAGUGGCCUAGCUCCGCACUUUCCUAUGAAAAAGGUCCUACUGCUUCUAUGGAAGGUGUCUCUCGUAUCGCUGGGUGGCAUGGAUACCCUCAAGUCUCUUAAAGAUACAUACCGCGCAGAGGCAAGCCUUCCUCAAAACAAGGAGGACACGCUCGAAAUCUCCAAGAUUAUGCGUGCCAGUUCGCCACCGAUAACGGCACCCUCGAACGAGGACAAUCAAAAUCCCAAGCGCAACAAGCCGUUCCGAAGAGUAUGUACGAAUACUACUAGUCAGUUGCAAGAGAGUCUCAUCAAGCAAAGUUCCCUCGACGAGCAAGAGCAAAUCGGACUGGAAAUGGAAGCCCCCUCAACCGAGAACGAGGAAUUAUUGGAGUAUUUUCGACAGUGCGAUCCGAUAAAUGGUACCAACGAUUUAAACCCGGACGCACCUGGGCCGGAAGAUGAAACUACGCCACCUGCAGAAAGUAACGACACCCCAGAACAACUGACCAACAAACUGCCCUGGGUACCUAAGAUUCGGCGGAAAGAUAUCGAGAUUUUCCUGAACACAUCCCGUAGUAAAUUCAUCGGAUACAUAUUGAAAGAUGAUCACCACACAUUGGCUGGACUGCCACAACCCAUACAGGAAGGAUUCUAUACUCUGAAAAAGCACAUGUACAUCAGCCUAGCAGACGUUCAGAUCAAGAAGGAAGAAGAUAUUACCCGAAAUCCGAUUUCCACCUCUGAAGGCGAAAUUCUACAAACGCCAACCGAGAUACUCUAUCAAGCAAUACUGCCGAAUCUUCCACAGUAUAUGAUAUCGCUGCUCAAGAUACUGCUAGCUGCGGCGCCAACCUCCAAAGCCAAAACCGAAAGCAUCAACAUAAUGGCUGACGUACUGCCAGAGGAUAUGCCAAUGACCGUCACGCAAUCCACCAAGCUGGGCAUUGACGUAAGUCGACACAAGGAAAUCACGGUUAAGGCCGUUUCGGCCAUUCUGCUGCUCUAUCUGAAACAUUUCAAAAUCAAUCACAUCUAUCAGUUCGAGUUCAUGUCCCAACACCUGGUGUUUGCCAACUGCAUUCCGCUUGUGCUGAAAUUUUUCAAUCAGAACAUCAUGAGCUAUGUUGGCUCCAAGAACGUAAUUCCGAUUAUGGACUUUCCGUCUUGUGUUAUCGGCGAACAACCGGAACUUACCUCCGAAUCGCUGAUCAUAGGAGAUUCCGCUCCGUAUUCAUGGCGGAACGUGUUCUCCUGCAUCAAUUUGCUUCGUAUUUUAAACAAACUCACCAAGUGGAAGCAUUCUCGAAUCAUGAUGCUGGUGGUAUUCAAGUCAUCACCGAUCCUCAAACGAACACUCAGGGUUCGCCAUGCUUUGAUGCAGCUCUACGUUCUGAAACUGCUGAAAAUGCAAACUAAGUAUCUUGGGCGGCAGUGGCGCAAGUCCAACAUGAAAACCAUCAGCGCCAUCUACGCCAAAGUGCGGCACCGAUUGAAUGAUGAUUGGGCCUUUGGAAACGAUUUGGAUGCUCGACCGUGGGACUUUCAAGCCGAGGAAUGCGCAUUGAGAAAUUGUGUCGAUCGGUUUAAUAAUCGGCGUUAUCUGCAGAUAAAUGCACCGGAUUUGAUUGCGAGCGAGUUCGACGACCCCAUCGAAGGUGACACGGUCAACGGGAGUGGCAACACUGGCGGCAACGGAUCCAAUGGACGAAAAUCAGAUGAGAUUGAGUUGAGCGAGGAGUUCAAGCAAAACUAUGAACUGUGGCUCCAGCAAGAGGUUUACAACAACAACAUCGAUUGGGACUCUUUGCUUGUGAGUGAGGAUUUCUCAUAGGUAAGUUGGUUUCUGUUUAUUCAAAAUUUAAUUCAUACGUGUAAAAAGUUAUAUUUAUAAAGCAAUUAUAAUAAAGUGACAAAUAUUGUUAACUGCA